UGGAGGCGGCUGCUGAGGCGCCUGUUUCGUAAAUGCGGCGGGCGGUGGCGGUACCGCGCUGUGGUUCGAGUGGCCCCAGCGGCAAGCGGGAACGGAGGGAGAGCCUAUCGGUAUUGGAAAUCAGUAGCUCUUCUAGCUUUACGUUAUUUUAAUAGUGUCAUUGGACUAAAAUGUUCCUGAUGCCAACUUCUUCGGAGCUGAACAGUGGGCAGCACUUCUUAACCCAGUGGAUGACCAAUCCUUCUCGUGCUGGGGUUAUACUGAAUCGUGGAUUUCCUAUUUUGGAAAUAGAAGGAGAGAAUCGAGCCGCUGAGAACGUUUCUACCAGCUUUCCUAUUAAAGCCACUCAUUUUUCAAAUAGCUUCAGCUUUAUAGGUGAAGAUUCACUUCAUGAAGAACAGAAGUUGGAAUCUAACAGCCCUCACAAACUACAGUCAGAUAAAUCUGAAACACAUACAAUCUUUCCUUUAACUAAAAAGGGACCACAAAUGGUGGCACACCAGGAUGUUCAUAGACACUGGGAAGAUAACAAAAAUGACUUUAUCCCAGAUCUUGCAAGUGAAUUCAAAGAAGCAGCUUGUAAAGACCCACUUUUUAAAAAACUUGAACAGCUGAAAGAAGUACAACAGAAGAAGCAGGAACAGCUGAAAAGACAACAGUUAGAGCAACUCCAAAGGCUCAUGGAAGAACAAGAAAAGCUGCUCACCCUGGUGUCUGGGCAACAUGCCUUCCCAGGUUCACCUCUAGUGCCUGAUGAUCAGAGCCAAAAGUACAUAUAUCCAGGUGAUUCAACCACUGUAGAUAAAACCACACCCUUCUUACCAUCAUAUACCUACCAGAAUCAAACCCGAGAGAAAAUGCUCACUUCUAACAUGUUACCUGAUGAACAAAACAGCCUCUGUAGAACUACUAAUCAAGCUUUUGCCUUACCUUCAAAAAGUGGUGCUUCUCCCAAUUUGUUUUAUGAGGCACAUUAUGAAGAAGCAUUUGUGAAAAAAAGUGAUUUGAAGGAAGAAAACCAUGACCAUCCUACAGGAGAAAGUAUUUUAUCAUGUUGGGAGAAAAGGAUGGAACAAAUUCAGGAAGGCAGUGAUAUGAACUUAAAAAAAAUUGUUGAUUCGUCAGAAGUGGUUAAUACUGAAGAAAGGCCUAUUAAAGCUGCUAUUAGAGAAAGGAAACAGACAUUUGAAGACUAUUUGGAAGAACAGAUUCAGUUGGAAGAACAAGAAAUGAAGCAAAAACAGUUAAGGGAAGCAGAAGGAUCAUUGUUAAUCAAACCAAAACCAAAACAACCUUUCUUAAAACGAGGAGAAGGUUUAGCUAGAUUUACUAAUGCUAAAUCUAAGAGUCAGAAAGGGAAAGAAAGUAAGCUAGUGACUAAUCAGAGCACUUCAGAGGACCAACCUGUGUUUAAAGUAGAGAGACAACAAUUCCAGCGGAAAACUGCUCUUAUAAAUAAAGAACUGUGUACAGAGAACCCUAAUGUUAAAAAGAGUAAUAAAGCUAGAACCAAGAGUUGUUCUGCCACACUUGGUCAGAUGCCAAAGAUUCUUAAGAAUAAUAAUAGAAAAAGCCUCUCUCCAUCAGGAUUGAAACUACAAGCAGGGAAGAAAUGUUAUGGACAGUUGAGAGACCAAAUCAAAUUAGGAAAAAAAGUUGAAUUUAAUAAUAAAGAAAAUGUACUAGUAGAAUGUAUGAAAUCUUGUGAUACUGGUUGCAAAGUCUGGAAUAAGAAACAAGGUAAAGAAAAACUUCCUCUUUUGACAGAUGUGGCUUCUAAGAAUCCGAUAGGUGAGACACUGAAAGAGGCAGAAUCUUCUCUUGAUGUUUCUCUUCAGAAAAAGUUAGAGAGUUGGGAACGAGAAAAGGAAAAGGAAAAUUUGGAGUUAGAUGAAUUUUUGUUUUUAGAAAAAGCUGCUGAUGAAAUAUCAUUUUCCAGUAAUUCCUCAUUUGUACUGAAAAUCUUAGAAAGGGAUCAACAGAUUUGCAGAGGUCACCGGAUGUCUUCUACCCCUGUCAAAGCGGUGCAGCAGGAGAAGACAAAUACAGUGGAUCCCGUUAGUCAAUGUAACCAGAAUGAGAGUCGAGACAAUAUUGAACAUGAAAAUAAGAGUGAGUGUGAGGUCACACCCAAACAACUUGGUUCAGUAUCUUCACCUUGUGGAUUGAGGGAACAAUCUUGUAAAAUCAGUAGGAAAGCAUAUCAAGUUAGCACUUCAGAAAACCAAACCAGAUGGAAUGUGAGUGAAGAUGAAGGUGUUAUAAACACUGAUAGUAGCACAGACUCUGAGGAACAACUUGAUGUUACCAUCAAACCAUCAAUUGAAGACAAAGAAAGAUGUUUCAGCAGCAGAGAAGAUAGUCCACAAGUUUGUGAUAGUAAGGGACCUUUCAGGAACAUUGGAACUCAAGAAGAUAAAAGUAGGGAUGUUGAUCUAGAUUUGUCUGAUAAAGACUAUAGUAGUGAUGAGUCUGUAGUUACAGAAAGCAUGAAUAAUAAAGUUCCUGAGUGCUCAAGAAGGCCCUCAUCUGCAAGUAUUAGUAAAAUUGACUUUGAUGAUGAAAGAACUUGGACUGAUCUUGAGGAGAAUUCAUGUAAACAUGAUGUUAUUCUUGGGAAUGAAGCAGCUUAUGGAACUCCCCAGAUGAGCUACCCUAAUAAGAGUGAUGUAUGUAUGCCGGAUAAAACAAUAAGAAGGAAGAUUGCACCAGUCAAGAAGGGAGAAGGUGCGAGCAAAUGCAGUAGGAGCAUGAGUCCUCCUCCUACGUCAGAGCUGAUGAUGAAAUUCUUCCCUUCUCUGAGACCGAAACCAAAAUCAGAUUCACAAUUGGGAAAUGAACCCAAUCUAGACAUAAGUCAAGAGCAACAACCUGGUGACAGUGCUCGAUCCCAAGUUUUGAGAGAGAAAGUUAUUGAAUUGGAAACAGAAAUAGAAAAAUUCAAAGCUGAGAAUACGUCUUUAGCUAAACUUCGCAUUGAACGAGAAAGUGCCUUGGAAAAACUCAGGAAAGAAAUUGCAGACUUUGAACAACAGAAAGCAAAAGAAUUGGCUCGAAUAGAAGAAUUUAAAAAGGAGGAAAUGAGGAAACUACAAAAAGAACGCAAAGUUUUUGAAAAGUAUGCUACAGCUGCAAGAGCUUUUCCAGAUAAAAAAGAGCGUGAAGAAAUCCAGGCUUUAAAAGAGCAAAUAGCAGAAUUACAGGAAGAUUUGAAAAGAAAGGAAGCAAAAUGGUUAAGCACACAUGGCCGUCUUAGAAGCCAGAUAGAAAUGUUAGUUAAAGAGAACACAGACCUCCGGGAAGAAAUAAAAGUGAUGGAAAGAUUUCGAUUAGAUGCCUGGAAGAAAGCAGAAGCUAUUGAGGGCAGCAUAAGGGCUGAUCAGUGCAUAACUAUUGUGAAAAAAGAUGAAUCCAUGAACCCAUCAUUUCGAUUUCAAAAGAGUCAGAUUUCUUCAGGAACCCAGGUAGAAAAAUACAAGAAAAAUUAUUUGCCCACACAAGGUAAUCCAUCUCGAAGACACAAGCCGGUACCUCCUCGUGAUUUAGGCAGUUCGGAUAAGGGACAAGCUACCUCACCCCGGGAGCCAUUUGAAGCAAUGAACUUCCCAGAUCCUGAAUAUAUAAAAGAGAAAGAAAAAGAAGAUGACAUUCAAGGAGAAUUCAGUCAUCCUGAUGGAAAGGUAGAAAAGGUUUUUAAGAAUGGGUGCCAUGUUAUAUUGUUUCCAAAUGGAACUCAGAAAGAAGUGAGCGCAGAUGGGAAGACCAUCACCGUCACUUUCUUUAAUGGUGAUGUGAAGCAGGUCAUGCCAGAUGAGAGAGUGAUCUACUACUAUGCAGCUGCCCAGACCACUCACACUACUUAUCCAGAAGGACUAGAAGUUUUACAUUUCUCAAGUGGACAAAUAGAAAAACAUUUUCCAGAUGGAAGAAAAGAAAUCACAUUUCCUGACCAGACUAUUAAAAACUUAUUUGCUGAUGGACAAGAAGAAAGCAUUUUCCCAGAUGGUACAAUUGUCAGAGUACAAUGUGAUGGCAACAAAAUCAUAGAAUUUAAUAAUGGCCAAAGAGAACUACAUACUGCCCAGUUCAAGAGACGGGAAUAUCCAGACGGUGCUGUAAAAACUGUAUAUGCAAAUGGUCAUCAAGAAACAAAAUACACAUCUGGUCGAAUUAGAGUCAAAGACAAAGAUGGUAAUGUUCUAAUGGAUACAAAAUUGUAAUGAUCCUUGUGUGACUAAUCAUGAAAUAACACUAACUUGAUUUUCUUGUUAACAAAUGUAUAUUUAUUGUGGAUUGUUGUUUAAUUUGUAUGUAUAUACUCUGUGUGUAUAAAUGGAAAAGAUUAUGUUUGGGUUCUAAAAUAAACAUUUACUCUGUAGCUUCUUCAUUUUAAAUUAUUUGAAAAGAACAAGGGUAGUUUACAUUUAUAAUUCACGUACUCUGCCUUUCUACAGGUAAACUCAUGACUAAGGAAAGCAUUCUUAUUUUGUCAUAAAAUGUAUCUAGUAGAUUUUUUAAAAAUAAGAGAUGUUUUUAUUGGUUAGAGACGGUUAUUAAAACCAAGAAGUAUGAGAAAUAUAACACAUAGCCCACAUGGCAUAUCAGCUAUAGAACAUGGACUUGCACAGAAAGUUUACUUAAGUGAAUUUUUCUCUGGCCAAAAUAAAACUUUGUUCAGUUAGUACCAAAAUUAAAGCAUAAGCUCUCCUACAAGGGUUUUUCAAUUGUAAUAAAAUGGGAAGUUAAAACAAGGAAUGAAUUCAAAAUAGGUCAAACAGUGAAACAGAUGUAGAUGUAUAGAGAUAAUCUCAUAGUCAGGAGAAAGCAAGUAUAACUAGGGUGACUAUAUAACUUAUCAAAAAUGAGACACUUGGAGAAUGAAGGGGGGUGUGAAAAUAAUUAGCUAACUGAUCUACCACCACAGCCACCUUGAUGCUGUAACCUAAAACAUGGGAGGUUAAAGAAAAUGAUGUCUUUGAAGGGCAAGUCACCUACAUGUCUAUUAUAGACUACCUUUCAUUUAGCACAGUAUAACAAUAAGUAUUGAAAGUGACUUUCAGUUAAAAAAAUGUAUCAAUUCCAGGUGAUUUAAGAACUGAAUAAGAAAAAUAAAACUUUUAGAAGAAAAUGAGUUAAAUUUUUACCUCAAGAUAGGGAAGUAUUUUUAAACAAGACAGACAAAACACAAACUUAAAGGAAAAGAUUGAUAAAUGAAUGAAAAGGUUCUGUCCACCAAAAUAUACUACAAAAAAGGGGAAAAGACAAGACACAGACUAGAAGAUAUCUUCAUCGUGUAUAUCUGACAAAGCAUUAAAAUCCAGAAAAUAUAAAGGAUUCCUACAAAUAGAAAAAUCGACAAAGGACAUGAAUAAACAAUAAACAAAUGAAAAAAUGCCUAAUCUCUCUAACUCUACUAAACCAGUGAAUACAUAUUAAAAUGAGGUAUCUUUUUAUCCCAGUAACAUAUACUGGCAAAUAAUGGUCUGGCAACACCAAAUGGUGAUAAGAAACUCAGACUAAUAAUGGCAAUGUAAACUGAUAAAACCACUUUUUGGAAAGCAAUUUAUGUAUACCCCUAUGACCCAGAAAAUUCCACUACUGUAUAUAAACUAGAAAAUGUCUCACAUAUAUACAAGGCAUCCUAUAGAAGAAUAUCUGUGAGAAAAAACUGCAAACAACCUCAAUAUCUAACAGAAUAAAUUAUGAUAUAGGCGAACGGUAUAGGCAGUGAGAGUGAAUAAAAUACAUAUACCAACAUGGAUAACAAUGCAAUAGAAUAGUGAGAGAAUAAAGGAUCAUUAUGAUACCAUAGCUUUAAAAAUGUACAGAGCAAUACUAUAUAUUGCUUAUGGGUAUAUUCAUACAUAGUAAAAUUAUAAAGCCCUAUAAUUAGAAUGAUGAACACCAAAUUCACAAGAGUGCUCACCUUUGUAGGAGAGGGAGGGAAGAGACUGGAGAGAGGGGAGAGGUACUGAUGUUUUAUUUCUUAAGCUGGAUAUACAGGAGUUAUAAAAUGAACUAAGAUUUUUUUUUCCACGAGACUCAAGUAUUGUGUUUUCAAAUUACAGUAAAAUAAAACAGGAAAAUGUUUGAGAGAGAAUAUUUAUUAACUAUGUUUUCAGGCUUUUUCAAACAUAUAAUUUAAAAAAAAAUGCAACAUUUUGUAGAAGUCAAGAAAAAUAAGCCUGAAAUGGUCCAAAUAUAACAGAAAACUUUCUUCUGGGCUGCUAUAGGUGCUGUGCACUGUAUACAACAUACCUGAAAAACAAAAUCUGUGUUACUUUAAACCUUUGCUUAGUGUUAAUAUUCAUGUUAUGUUUAUGUGAGGGAAUAAGAUAUUUACCUGGUUAUCCAAGUACUGUAAUAAAUUUGUUUUCAGGAGACUGGUUGUCAGUAAUGCUAUGUGUAUACUGAAUAUUGAUAUGCUUAAAUUAUUUGUGGCAGCCCACUCUCUCCUGCCUCUUCUGCUUAAUCCCAUACCUAUCUGGUACCAUGAUAGCCAUUCCAACCACUUUACAGUUAUGGGACCUCUGAUACUGCUGCUUAGUAAGUGAGAAGGACUAUGAAGAAAACUGCAAGAGAUGCUUCUUGCUGAGUUUAGUUUAGUUCCUUUGCAAAAUCAAGGAAACCCAAGGUGCUCUUUUGGGCAAUUUAGCAUUAAACUCUGCUAUAUUGGUCACAUGCCUUAU